AAUAAAAUUUAGUCAUAAAGGUAGUUGAGUCUGAAUAGCAAUUUAACAUGUGUCCAUAAUCCAAUAAAUAAAUAGUUCGUGUUUAAGCAAGUAAAAUAAUAAGCUAAUCAUAUCGUGCGAACAUUAGUGACUUUAUAAAUUUAGAAUGGCCAUGGGUAAGUCUAUAUAAGAAAAUAGUAUUUCCAAUUCUUCUUAAUGUUGACAACAACACCGGAAACUGAGAAACCACGAUGACGGCAUCUCUCCUUAAACCCACAAUGCACCACAUCAUUAAAUAUGACACAUCGCAAUCACAUAAUGCGUAUCACGCAAAACUUUUCUUGAAAAUAGUUAUACACUUGAAUUGAGCAAAAUUUGUAUUUUUUGGGCAUUUUUGAAAAAUGCCAUCUCACAAUCCGACAACAUCUCCGAAAUCAAGCAGCACAAACCAUCCAGAAAUUAGUGAGAAUAGUGGCCAUCAUGGGAAUCGGUGGGCUAAUGUCAUCCUGGACUUCACGAGCAUAUUGCUGGCUGUCGCCGAGAUAAGCCUCGUUCUAUUUCUUUCAAUCAAUCACUUCAGCCACUCGCAGGGAGUAAUUGCCAUUGCGAUGCUUGGACCAAUUUUCUUAAAUUUUGUUGGAGUCACAUAUUUCCUCUCAAACAACGUAGAGAGGCAAAUUUUAGAAGAGAAAGGGUCGUCACGAUGCGCAAAAGAUAUUUUCCAAGUCCCAUUAUUUGGUCCCGUAUUCACAGCAAUACAAGUGUUCCUGAUUUCGUCUGGACUUUCAUCGUCUCGAGAUUAUGCUAGGUUUGAAGCACUCGCCAUAAAAAUGCGACAAGCCGAGUCCUUUUUUGGGGCCGCACCCGAAGCUUUAAUUCAACUAACAGUGCUGUUAGUCGCCGAAGAACAAGAACUCACUUUGAAUCAAUAUUUAGAAAUCACCAUCGUCAUUUUGUCCGUCAUUACACUCAGCGAGGCGAAUAUGUACGCACUUUCGUCAAAUUACUUUCGGCUUUUUCACACUUAUGGCCCAGACGAUUGGAAACUGCCCCACUUGGCAUUUUGGCAAAAGUGCAUCCUAUUUUUCCAUGCAUUUUUCUCCAUCGGGUCGAGAUUGGCUGCGAUGGCCUGUCUGAAAGCCGCCGUUAAGUAUUUUGUUCUGCCGUCUCGUACUCUUGGACUCUCUCGAAUGACUGCACAAGAAUCCAACAACUUGGGAUACUACUUGGCCGUGUUUUUCCUCGUGGAGAUUGGAUUUCGAAUGAUGAUUUACUACAUUAUUCGACUGGUCAAGUACAUGAUCAUCGACGAUGGGAUUCCCAGUGGGUGUUACGAGUCAAUCAGCUACGGUUGGCGAGCCACAAUUUUGGACUUGGGCUUUCAGUCCAAAAACAUUGCGAUUCAAAUUUGGUUCUAUUUGGAGAAUGCAAUUUGCUUCAUUAUUUGGUGGGUGGCCGUCUCGUUCGAGGCCGGAGCAAGACCAAUGGUUGAACAAAUUAGCAACAAUGUCCUGGCACCAUUAGCUGCAAUAUUUGUCAUGUUCACCCUCAUCUCCGUUUUUCUGCUCUUUGCCUGCACCGGGCUCAAACUCCACACUUUAAGGAGCCCGUUCCACAAAAUUACAUAAUGUUAGUCGUGUAAUUAUUACGUACGACAUAUUUUUAAAUACAUCAAGAUACUAGUUGUUAGAUUAAAUCUGUCAUGAAAUUAUUGGGGAUUCAUGGACAAGUAUUUCGGUGAUGGUGGCUUAUGUGGAAUAGUUUACGUAAUGUGCAUAUGAUAACCAUAGUCAUAUUGUCACAAUAAGUUCAUACGAUGAUCAAAUUUAUAAAUAGUCUUUAAUUUUUAGUAGCACUACCCAUCAAAUGCUUGCACGUGGGUUUGUACUGAUGGAAUGACAAAUACACGAAGAGGAAUUUUCCUUAUCUGUUCAAAUUAUGUUUUAACAAGAUUGAGAUUGGAUAAUAAAGUCACGCAUGUUGCCGUGUUUGAUCCACACCCAAAA